AUGGAAUCAUGGAAUGUCAUCCUAUUGUUGGCUUGGCUUUGGGUUGGAAAUGAGUUAGAAGGAGCAAAUUUUAAUGAUACAAGAGCUAGCAGGAGCCUAGGUAGCAAAACCACAACUUGCCCAUGCGGGGCUUCCAAUAAAGGCAGAGUUGUAGGUGGCUACCGAGCCAUGCCGAAUGAGUACCCAUGGGUUGCCAGUCUUGUUCGGAACAAGGAUUCAGUACAUGUGUGCGCUGCCACUAUCAUCACAGAGUCGAUUGCCAUCACAGCUGCGCACUGUAUCGUCAAUAAAGAGCCUACCAGUCUGCGCGUUGGUACCUCAGAUAUCAGCAAGCCUGGUGCCCUAAUACCAUUGAAAGGUUACUCCUCUUAUAACUGGAACCCUGGGAGAACGGGAGGACUCAACGACAUCUCCUUGAUUUAUAUGGCCCGUCCUAUCACCUUCAGUGCAGCUGUCAGAUGGGGACGGCUUGGCUUUCAGAGACCUGGGUCAAAGAACUUGAUGGAGGCUGAUGUUCAAGUCAUCCCGUUCAACGUGUGCAAGAUGUAUCACAAGAGUCUUCAGCUUCCUGUGACCCAAUUGUGCUUUAGGACACCUGGAAAAGGAGGUUGCUUUGGCGAUUCAGGUGGUCCAGUAGUUUGGCUUGAUCCAGAAACAAACAGGUACACACUAUUAGGAUUGGUGUCUUUUGGUUCACCAAAAUGUGACACCAAAAUCCCUACAGUAAACACAGAUGUAUCAGCUUUUAUUCCCUGGAUUCGAAGCACUAUUCAAAGUAAGUUUAAAAAAUGA